GCUCAGUCUCGUCUGUCGCAAUCCAGUGCAGAUAUACGUGCAAUUAUCCUGUCAACAGUGCUUAAAAUCUCUUCUGGUGCUCGUGCCGUUUGCUCCCGCACGCGGUGAUCGAUAACGUUCCGCGGAUCCGAUACAACGGUUCCCGUCGAUCCUCCGUUGGGCUCGCGUUUCGGUUUCGCGCGUCCGUCCGAACACGCGUCCCCGCAAGAAAGAAUCGCGCGACGCGAUCGGGCCACGUGAAAGGAAAAAUUCAACUCGGCUCUCCGACCCUCGCGACUGUCCGCUGUCGGGACUCGGGUCUCGGCUCUCGGCUCUCGGCUCCGCUCGCGGGUGCACGCCAGCAAUUCGAAUCGCCGCGGUCGCCACCCUCCGCCAGUCAGCCAGCCAGCCAGCGGCAGCAAUCAGUUGGUACGGUGCGCUCUAUGGGGAGAGUUUGACGUUUCGUUCGACGGUGAUACCGGUGCGGUGGUAGCGGUGACAUUUCCAUUCGACAGAAAACAAGGGAUAGUGCGGUUUAACUCGCGGUCGACAUGAUCGUACCGUCGGAUCGAUGAGAAUCGGUAGUUACUCGCACGUCGAUGUGUCGCCGAAGAUUGCCAGCCUUUUUGUUCAAUUAGCGGAACGUACGAUUCGGAGUGGUGUGGUAUAUUAUUGUGCGACAGAAGGAAUCCGUGACAAACCGAACAGACCACCGACAGGAGCGACGAUUCGCGGGUACUCAAGAUGACUCGCCACCUGUGGCUAAGAGCAGCGUUCGCCUUCCUCGUGAUAUCAGGUGCGAGCUGCCUGCGGGAUGUCAGCCUGGAAAUAGUUCCGGAGGCAGUGCAACGUGGUCAGAAGGCGAUUCUACGCUGCCAUUACGAUCUGGAGGAGGCUCCUCUUUACUCGCUCAAGUGGUACCGUGGCAGGCACGAGUUCUACCGUUACACACCGAGCGAGGACCCGGCCACCAAAACAUUCAACAUUCCCGGGAUCCACAUAGACGACGCCAACUCGAACAAGAGCCAGGUAACGCUGGAGAAAGUCGACUUCAGCCUCACCGGCACGUUCAUAUGCGAAGUCACCGCGGACGCGCCGACCUUCUCCACGGCCGCGGUUUCGAAAAACCUGACGGUAGUGUAUCUACCCGGAGGUUUACCUACUAUCGCAUCGGAACGUGAACGUUACGACCCGGGAGACAUUUUGAGGGCAAAUUGUAGCUUACCGCCCUCCACACCACCGGCUCAUCUCUCAUUCACCCUGAACAACGUGGUGGUGGAUUCCAACACAAAACAUCAGCCGCAGCAGUAUCCGUCGCAGAAGUGGGAUCACAACGAUAACGCGUCCCACGCCGAUCAGCAGGCGAAUCUUCAGUGGAUCGAGAUCAGGGUGAAGCUUCAGCCGUUCCAUUUCUCGAACGGCCAGCUGAACCUGCAGUGCACCGCCCAGAUUCCCGGCAUAUACCGUGCCGUGAACGAUCUGCAACUUGGACAUGGUGUUCGUGAACCCGUGCCAGAAAGAGUGACCUCUGAAAACGGAAGCGAAGCUUCCACUGCCGCCUAUUUGACGAUGCUGAUGAUGUGUAUGCUGCAGCUGCUUCUGAGAUAGUCGUGGCACGCCUGAGGUUGCAGUAAGGGAGCUGAUGGGCGUCGCACGAUAAACAGCGCACUAGUCAAAAGCCGGAGCAGGGGUGUAACUGGGCAGUGGUGUAACUAAUAACUAAGAAGGGUCAGCGGAUCUGCCUGCGUGAAAACUACCAAUAAUAAUAAUAUUGUUGAGAAAUCGGCA